CAUUGCGCAUUGCGCAGUUCUGCUGCGCAGACAGGAAGUUUAAUGAGCGUAUUCAAAGAGGCGGGUAGAUUGAAAACUUACUUGACUUUUUGAAGGUGUAUCAUAUUUAGACUAAACACGUUACAUUCAGGUUUGGGAACACGUGUUAUGAAUCCGUGGGACCCCAAUAUUUACACAGUAACACCUGCUGCUAAGAUUUUAGCCAGAUGUGUAGCCAAAGGCACCAUGACACAGGAGGAACUUAAAGCUGUUCCACAAGAGUCUGAAGUUUUUUCUUCAUCUUUACUUGAGGUUGACCAGCUGAACAGAAUCAAACAAGAUCUUGAUCAGACAAAUUUGGAUUUAGACUUGCUGAAGUUGGAAAGAGAUGGAGCGGAUGUAACUCACAGCCAUUAUCUCAGCCAAAGAUUUUCUUCCUUGCAACAGUUCACAUCUCACCUUCAGGAUGUUUUGCGAGAACAGACAGUCCUGCGAGAACGACUCACGAAACCAUUGUGUCAGCAGAAUCUGCCCAUUCAGGCUGAUCUUAAGAGAUAUGUGGUAGAACUGAUGGGGAUGGUAGUGGAGUUCAUUCAGAACUUGGAAGUAAAAAUUAAGAUGGUUCGAGCAAUUCCAACCACUGAGGAUUCCCUGAGCAGUUUGAAUAAUGGCAUGACUCAACUACUGGCUCAGGUCACUGAAGUUGAGAAUCUGUACAAGCAAGUUCUUAAGAGACGGAGUCAGCCACAGAUCAACGAUGAAGAUGGGUCAGUUGAUAAAGCAUAUUAAAAAAUUAUGAUAAUGUUUAGUUAAACCUACUUUAUGUUUAGCAAACUAAUGGUCAUCCGGGUUUGUCUAAACAUUUUUUAAAUAAAUAAUUGCAAGACUGUUGUCAAGAUGAACAGUUGACUGCAGUUGUUUUUGCUUUCCAUUUAUUUUUUAUUUCCCUUUAUCUUUAUUUGUUUUCAUAUGUUUCUCUUAUGGCUGCCUUGUGUUCACUAAUAAGUAUCGUUGACAUCCUACAGUGUCUGUUGAUAUAUCUACACAGUAUGUAAAUAAGUCUAUGGUCUUUCAACUUGUGCAUUGUGUAAGUAUUUGUUGAUUUUAAAUAAAUGUUCUAAUUACAUCAUUUCA